AGAAUGUUAUCUUUAUAUCUCCUUUGAAUGUGUGUCCAUAGAUUUCAUUUCCAUCAAUCUCGUGCUUUCUUUUUUUGGAUUAAUUUGUAGUCAACUAACUUUGGUGUGUUUGAUACAUGGAGUCAUGUCUUUGAUGGGGUUGGUUUGACUAGCUGCCUUCAAUUCUUGUUUUUCCAGGCAACCCUGUUCAAGCUGGGUAGGACCCUAUAGGCGGCAAAACUCUCCCUACCAUGUAUUUAACAUAGCUGCAUUGACAGUGACUUGAACCCAAGACCUCUGCUUAAGCUAGAACAACUCUGUGUCGGUUGAUCUACACACUUGCAGGAGGUUUGUAUUGAUCUCAUCCAAGGGCCUUUGAUGGGUAGUCUCGUUGAAGAUGAUGACUCAUUUACCAAGCCCCUAGGAAGAUGGCCUGUAUUUUAUUAUGGCAUGGGACACAUGCUCAAUGACAUAACUUCUGCUUGUUGGUUCACCUAUCUAUUACUGUUCCUGACAGAUAUUGGACUUUCACCAAGGAAUGCGGCUAUUGUGAUGCUUUCAGGUCAAGUGGCUGAUGGAUUUGCUACCAUAUUUGUUGGUGAACUGAUAGACCGGUUUGGACAUUUCAAGAUAUGGCAUGGUGCUGGAUCUUUAUUGGUGGCUAUUUCAUUUUCUUCUGUUUUCGGUGGUUGCCUACCGUGUAAAGUUUUCGCUUCCAAUUCAUCUACUUUCGAAAUUGUGAGUUACAGCGUGUUUGCAGCAAUCUUCAAUGUGGGCUGGGCUGCUACUCAGGUUUCUCACAUGUCAAUGGUGAGUUGCAUCACGCUGAACUCUUCAAGCAGAGUGGCGCUGGCUAGCUGUCGCAAUGCUUUUACCAUGGUUGCAAACCUGAGCCUGUAUGCUGUUGCAUUGAUUGUAUUCAGUGUCAUCAAUGGUACAACAUAUGCUGAUGUUGAGAAUCAGUACCGCUGGAUUGCAUAUGUCUCAAUUUUUAUUGGAUGCUGUUUUGUGGCCAUAUUUCUUUUUGUAACAAAAGAACCCAGAUUGGUGGUAAGCGUUCAUGGAAAACCUCAUGCUAGGAUUUCAUGGGUUUACUGGUUCAAGAGAGUUUUAUAUUACCAGGUUGCUCUUGUUUAUGUUCUCACAAGAUUAAUUCUCAACAUUUCACAGGCAUACCUGGCUUUCUUUGUCAUCAAUGACCUGCAAAUGGCUCAAUCAGCCAAAGCCUUGGUUCCUGCUCUCAUAUACAUCUUCAGCUUCAUCGUAUCUAUUGGAUUACAGGAGAUUGCAUGGACUGGCCGAUUGCUCAAGGCCUACUUUUCUGCUGGAUGCAUUCUUUGGAUUUUUUGUGGUGUCGUGAUCCUUCUUUUAACUAGACAUCUGAGUUAUGUCAUGUACGUAGCUUCAGUAUUUAUAGGCGUAGCAAAUGCUCUGAUGAUGGUGACCGGAAUAAGCAUGCAAAAUUUUCUCAUUGGGGAAAAUGUCAAUGGCUGUGCAUUUGUUAUCGGAUCAUUGAGCUUUUUGGACAAAAUGUCAUGCGGGCUUGCUUUAUAUGUUCUUCAGUCAUAUCAAAAUAUCUCUCCAGAUCUGCAAGGCAAUCAGUUCUCCUUUUCAAUUACAAGGAUUGGUUUGGGUCUCGUUCCUGCAUUGUGUGCACUAGUUGGGGUGGGUGUAACUUGCACCAUGGAUCUCCAUAGUCCUUCCACGUCUUUGACUGCACCACUACUAGUCUAGGUCAGUUGAUGAAGAAAAUCAUUGUUUUCUGACAUACAACUUUACUUGCCCAUCAGAAAAUUGGAAGCCUUCAAGUUGUCAUUGAAGUAUUCUCUAUUUUUUAGCUUGUGUAUAUUUAUUGAAUUGCCUUAGAUAUAACAAAGGUGACGCCAAAUGUAGCUUCCACACUGGAUUGGACUGUGUUACAUUCACAAAUUUGGAACUCUUUAUCCUAGGUGUUGUAACUAUCUCUUGAUUGGCUUCAAGAUGUAUUGAUAUUCAAUGACUUGUUGAAUAUUAGUUGAUUUUGAAUCCAAAUUGUUGAUAUUAUGUUUGAUUCACAUUUUCAGAUCCGUUUGGUUUUA